AUGGAGGCGCCGCAGGCGAUGGCGGAGGCCGGUGCGUUCCCGUCGGCCCAGCCCUCGGGGGUGGGGGCCGUACCCCAGGACCCCGCCGGCUGUGGGCGUCCCCCGCAGGCCGGAGUCGCUGCGGGCCCCGGUGCGGCGGCGGUGGGAGGCCCGCGGGAAGAGGCCCCCGACGGCCCCCUGGAAAACUGUUUUCAAGAUGGAGAGAAGGAUCUGGAAAGCGGUGGUGAGCAGUGGCCGGAAUCUGGGCUGCUGGAGGCGCAGGCCGAGGACGUGAAGCCCGAUGCGUGCGCCCUGGCCGUGGGAGGAGAGGAGAGGCCCACCGAGGCCGAGGGGGCGGCGCCGGAGGCCGCGGAAAUGGAGGCCAGGCCCGGGGGUGAAGACAUGGAGGUGGUGGUGGAGGAGAGGAAGGAGGAGGCCGGACACUGGUACCUGAACGUAGACCUCCGCAUGAACCCCCUGGAGGCCAUCCAGCUGGAACUGGACACCGUGAACGCGCAGGCCGAUCGAGCCUUCCAACAGCUGGAGCAGAAGUUUGGGCGGAUGCGGCGUCACUACCUGGAGCGGAGGAACUACAUCAUUCAGAACAUCCCCGGCUUCUGGAUGACCGCCUUUCGGAACCAUCCUCAGCUGACCUCCAUGAUCCGGGGCCACGACGCCGAGAUGUUAAGGUACGUCACCAAUCUGGAGGUGAAGGAACUCAGACACCCUAGAACUGGCUGCAAGUUUAAGUUCUUCUUUCGAAGAAACCCCUACUUCAGAAACAAGCUGAUCGUCAAGGAAUAUGAAGUCCGAUCCUCCGGCCGAGUGGUGUCUCUCUCCACCCCCAUCAUCUGGCGCCGAGGGUAUGAACCCCAGUCCUUCAUUCGUAGAAACCAAGAGCUCGUCUGCAGCUUCUUCACCUGGUUCUCAGACCACAGCCUUCCAGAGUCUGACAAAAUUGCUGAGAUUAUCAAAGAGGACCUGUGGCCGAAUCCACUGCAGUACUACCUGUUACGUGAAGGAAUCCGUAGACCCAGACGCCGUCCAAUAAGGGAGCCAGUGGAGAUCCCCAGACCCUUCGGGUUCCAGUCCGGUUAACGUUUGCCUUUGGGCAUCUGCUGCUCAAGGCCCAGUUCUAUUUACUGCUGUGCAAUGGGUAUGCUGCUUUUUUUUUUUUUUUUUUUUUGGUCCCUUGACCUUUUCUGCGUCUUCCCUGGAGUUCUCUCAAUCUCAAGACUGAAACUGUUGUGGUCAUGCUUCUCUACUUCAUAUGGCCUUCUUGCUAUUCUGCACGCUUGCUCCAUGCUGCAUAUCCGUGAUUCACAC